ACGUAAUUGAAAUCCAUCUCUCUCUCUCUCUGCGAGACAACAAAUGACGGUAACUUGCAAGCAAUAGACUAGUUCAGUCUCAGAGACCUCGAAUGAAUGAAUGAUUGAUUUUAAUUGCAAAAAGCUUUUGCUUUCCCUGCGUGACGUGGAGUCCACAUGUCCCUGCAACGUGUUUGUAUUUAAUCUCAUUGUUCUGUAAGUACGUCAUGAAAUUUGUUCCAGUAAAGUCUAAAGCGAUCCACCUCCUCCACAAAGGAUCUUCUGCAUGUUUCUAGUAUUUGGAUAACUACCCAACCUUUUUAACAUCUGAAAAGGGAAUCGUCCUUCGCAGCUUCAGAUUCCGAACAUCGAUGGAAUAAUUGAAUCGGUUUAAGUUCUGAUCCAAUUUCAAAUGAGGUGGACGCAGAGGUGUUACAGAAAUCGGAUACAAUGAGCCAAAUUUUAUCCAUUUGUGUCUCGAGGAUUUCUGAGGUCGCGUGUUCGAUUUCCCUGGGAGACAUCAAAGUCAAAAAUGGGAAGAUUCUAUUAUCUUGUGCACGCCCAGUGCCGUCAAAACGGCGGAGCUGCUAUGUCCGCUGCCAGCAAACCAGCCGAAUUCAGGAAAUCCUAGGCAAGGACGGCAACGGGGCUGCUACUGAUGUGGCUGAGGUGUUUAAUCUAAAUUCCAAAAAUAUUGUCGCGGAGAGGGUUUUAACAGAACCAGUAGAGAGGAAGUCCAAGGCCGGGUCACAUGAGGAUAACAAGGCUUCAACAGAGCAGGUUGAGAGGAAAUCAAGGGCAGCGUCACAGGAGGAUAGCAGGACUUUAACAGAGCAGGUGGAGAGGAAGUCUAGGGCAGCUUCACAUGAGGAUAGCAGGAAUUCAACAGAGCAGGUGGAGAGGAAGUCUAGGGCAGCGUCACAUGAGGAUAGCAGGAAUUUAACAGAGCAGGUGGAGAGGAAGUCUAGGACAGCUUCACAUGAGGAUAGCUAUUUGGAAAAACAAGCGCGGGACCUCCUGAGAGCCGGGGCAGGGUCGUAUGAGGAGGACGGGUCUUUUGAGAGCGAAGCGUGGACACUUCUCAGGGCAGCUGUGGUGAAUUAUUGCGGAAGCCCCAUUGGGACAAUUGCCGCAAACGAUCCCCUUGAUCCUGACACAUUAAACUAUGAUCAGGUUUUCAUUCGGGAUUUUAUACCUUCGGGAAUUGCUUUCUUGCUGAAAGGAGAGUAUGACAUCGUGCGGAAUUUUAUUCUUCAUACUUUGCAGUUGCAGAGUUGGGAGAAAACAAUGGACUGCCAUAGCCCCGGACAGGGUUUGAUGCCAGCAAGCUUCAAAGUGCGUACUGUACCCCGCGAUGGGGAUGACACUGCCACUGAAGAUAUACUGGAUCCUGACUUUGGAGAAGCGGCAAUAGGCCGUGUUGCCCCUGUGGACUCUGGAUUGUGGUGGAUUAUUCUUCUCAGAGCAUAUGUCAAGUCUUCAGGAGAUCUUUCUGUUCAGGAGAGGACAGAUGUCCAAACAGGAAUCAAAAUGAUUUUGAAGCUGUGUCUUGCUGAUGGGUUUGAUAUGUUUCCUACCUUAUUAGUUACAGAUGGAUCAUGCAUGAUUGAUCGUCGAAUGGGAAUCCAUGGUCAUCCUUUGGAGAUUCAAGCACUAUUUUAUUCUGCUCUGCGGUGUGCUCGUGAGAUGUUAACACUAGGAGAUGGCUCUGCAGGUCUCAUUCGAGCAUUAAAUAAUAGGCUAAUUGCAUUGUCAUUCCACAUUAGGGAGUAUUAUUGGAUUGACAUGAAAAAACUAAAUGAGAUUUAUCGAUAUAAAACUGAAGAGUACUCAUAUGAUGCUGUAAAUAAGUUUAACAUUUACCCCGAUCAAAUCUCUCCUUGGCUGGUAGAGUGGAUGCCUGAUCGAGGGGGCUAUUUUAUUGGCAAUUUACAGCCCGCUCAUAUGGACUUCCGCUUUUUCUCUCUUGGGAAUUUUUGGUCUAUAAUAACAAAUCUUGCAACUCGAGAACAGUCAGAUGCUGUGUUAGAUUUUGUUGAAGCAAAGUGGAAUGAUUUAGUUUCAGACAUGCCGUUUAAAAUAUGCUAUCCAGCUCUUGAAGGCCAAGAAUGGCAGAUCAUUACAGGCAGUGAUCCCAAAAACACGCCCUGGUCAUAUCACAACGGAGGAGCUUGGCCCACAUUGUUAUGGCAGCUUACGGUAGCUUGUAUUAAAAUGAAUCGGCCAGAACUGGCCAGGAAAGCAGUGGGAGUUGCAGAGAAGCGCUUAUCAAAAGAUAGGUGGCCAGAGUACUAUGACACAAAAAGAGCACGUUUCAUAGGCAAGCAAGCACACCUUUAUCAGACAUGGUCCAUUGCAGGGUAUCUUGUUUCCAAGCUUCUCCUCAGAAAUCCUGAAGCUGCAAAGAUUUUAACUUGCGAGGAGGAUAUGGAAUUACUUGAUGAAUGCAAUUGUCUACUAGAAGCCAAUCCUAAGAGAAAAAGGGGACGUAAGAAGUCUUCUAAGAGUUAUAUAGUCUAAAUCUCUAUUUGUUCGCCUAGAAAGGAAGCUGCAACACUUAGUUAUAAGCUUCACAAUUAAUAAAUGUUAAAGUUUGCUAUUUUGCGCAAAAAUCAUAUUCAAUCUAAUCACUUCGAGAUCUUUUCGAGUACAAAAUUAUUUGUGUUUUACAAUUAAUAAAUAUCUAUUUUGAUA